GUUGAUGGCCGAUCGAAGUUGGCCGCCCCGCGCGACGCGACACCCCUGGGGUCACACCACAUCCUGCAUCGUAUCUCUCUCCUCAAUCACAUCUCCCACACACACCACACGCCUCUCCCAACAUGUCGCUUCAGCCGCGUCAACGGCGGCCAAAGAAGAGCCCAGAGCUGCCGCAGACCGUGGACCGGUACUCUGACGAGCACAAGCGCGACGCGCAGCACACGCCCCGCCCGCCCGUCUCCGCCGACACGCUGCGCAAUGAGCGCGUCCUCUCGUACGCCGUCGCGCUGGGUCUGACUGCGCUCGCGGCCAUUGUGCGCUUCUGGGGCAUCAAGCACCCCGACCAGGUCGUGUUCGACGAGGUGCACUUUGGCUCGUUUGCGACCCACUACCUCCAGCGCGAGUACUACUUUGAUGUUCACCCGCCGCUUGCCAAGAUGCUCAACGCGCUCGCCGGCUGGGCAGUCGGCUACACCAAGCCCUUUGGCUUUGACAACAUUGGCGACAGCUACGUUACCGAGGAGAACCCCGUGCCGUACGUCGGCCUCCGCGGAUGGAGCGCGAUCCUCGGCUCGGUUACCGUUCCCGUCGUGUAUGCUACCAUGCGCGAGAGCGGGUACCCUAUCCCUAUCGCUGCGUUCUCGGCUCUGCUGAUUCUCUUCGACAACGGCCACAUCACACAUACCCGCCUUAUCCUCCUCGACGCUCCUUUGGUCCUCUUCAUGGCCCUGUCUCUCUUUGCCUACGUCAAGUUCCACCAGCAGCGCUACCGCGAGUUCUCCAACGAGUGGUGGGGCUGGCUCCUCGCCACGGGCGCCGCGCUCGCCUGCACACUCGGCUGCAAGAUGGUCGGCCUCUUCACAUUCUUUACCGUCGGCGCGGCCGUCGUCUGGGACCUGUGGGGCAUCCUCGACGUCAAGCGCGGCUACACGAUGCGCCACUUCUGGAAGCACUUUGUGUACCGUGCCGUCGGCCUCAUUCUCUGGCCCUUCAUCAUCUAUCUCUCCUUCUUCUGGAUCCACUUCAAGAUUCUCAAGUAUUCCGGUCCUGGCGACACGUUCAUGAGCCCCGCGUUCCAGGAGACGCUGGCGGGCAACGAGCUGCUCCAGUCGUCGCAGGAAAUCCGCUACUACGACACCAUCACCAUCCAGCACAAGGACACGUCCCAGUUCCUCCACUCGCACGUGGACCGCUACCCUCUGCGCUACCCCGAUGACCGUGUCUCGUCGCAGGGCCAGCAGGUGACGUGCUACCCGCACAACGACACCAACAACCACUGGCAGGUCAUCCCCACGCGCGAGAUCCCCGCCUCUGGCCGUGGACGCGUCGUUCGCCACAACGACGUUGUCCAGUUCCGCCACCUUGGUACCGACACGCUCCUCAUGACCCACGACGUUGCCUCGCCCACCAUGCCUACGAACCAGGAGUUUACGACGGCUGGCAAGGACGACGCCGACAAGCGCGAGUUUACCCUCUUCCAGCUCCAGGUCAACGACGCUCACGAGGGCGAGCCGAUCAAGACGCUGUCGUCCCACUUCAAGGUGCAGCACGUCAAGACGCGUGUCAUGCUCUGGACGCACAAGAAGGCGCUCCCCGACUGGGGUCACAACCAGCAGGAAGUCAACGGUAACAAGAAUGCCGACCACCGUUCCGCUCUCUGGGUCUCAACCGAGAUUGUCUCCGACGGCCAGGGCCAGGACUUCCGAAACCGCACUGGCUCUGUGCCCGACAAGCCCGUCAAGCACAUGAACUUCUUCAAGAAGUGGUUUGAGCUCCAGGUGCUCAUGCUCCAGCACAACGCUGGUCUGUCGAGCAGCCACCCGUACGCGUCCACACCUGUCGAGUGGCCCUUCUGUCUCUCGGGCGUGAGCUUCUGGACCAACAACGACCUCAGGCAGCAAAUCUACAUGAUUGGCAACCUGAUCGACUGGUGGGUCUGCGCCGUCGCGCUCAGCAUCUUCCUCGGCAUCAUUGGUGCCGACCAGCUCGCACGCCGCCGUGGCAUUGAGCCGAUCGAGGACGACGUCCGCAACAGGAUGUACCGCAACACCCUCUUCUUCUUUGGCGCCUGGGCGUUCCACUACUUCCCCUUCUACACGAUGGAGCGCCAGAGGUUCCUGCACCACUACCUGCCCGCGCACCUCGCGUCGGCGCUCGUGGCCGGCUCGAUCCUCAACUUUAUCGUCGUCGAGACGGUCAACUACCCUGUCUCGGUUGCCGGUCCCAAGACGCGCCUCCGUCCCCAGGUGCGCGCCGUCGUCGGCCGCAACGGCCUCAUCGUCAUUGGUGUCCUCACGGCGCUUGUGAUCGGCUCGUUUGCCUACCUUGCUCCGUUCACCUACGGCACGACUCUCACUUCCCAGCAAAUCUCGGCUCGCAAGCUGCUCCCAAGCUGGACCUUGCACUUUGAGGCCAAGGAGGUCGUCGAGGUCGACCAGAACCUGCUGGCUAACAAUGCCAUGGGCUCGGCCGAGGAGCCUGUUGUUGUGGAGGGCGCAUCGGCCGACGACGAGCAGAUUGCGCUCUCAUAGCGGCAUACCGCAUACCCCGUGGCGCCGCAAAGCGCGACAUCUCACUAUAUCCACACCCACUUGCUCUGUCAGUGGUUUAAAAUGCAUACUCAUGGC